UAAAUUUCAAAAUGGCGGCCAAACGUGCUAGCACAAGAGUGGAUUACAAACAAUUACACUGUCUUAGCUCUGUCAUUAUGUAUGAUAAUUCCAGUGCCCGAAAAAAAAAGGGAAAGAUUUACCCUGUUGAGAGAAUCAUCACAAGAAAGAAACAAAACAACGUAUGUACAAAUUAAAUUUAUAUUCCACUUCAGUUCGAGAAUUUGAAUUGAACUAUUUGUGCUUUAAGAAUCUCAAGGGAUCUCGUAUUCUUCUUUUUUAAGGACUUUCUGUAUCUUAUUAAAUGGCUUGGUUGGUCGCUCCAGUACUGCACCUGGGAACCGUCUUCAAACUUACCAGAAAAUUUACUAAGGUAACUUUAUAAAUUAAAUUUUAAAAUAUUUACAUUCAUACAUAUAUGGCAAAUUGUCACUUAGAGACACAUAGCGAUUCAGCCAUAACGAAUUGAAGUGGUUUGCAAAGAAAUAGGCAUGUCGAAUUAACAGAAAUUGUAUUUGACAAUUUUAAAAGUUUCUUUGUAAUGGAUGUGUUAUAUUUUAUACCGAAAGACAUGCAUAUACUGUAAGAAAAUAUAUCUGGUAAACCAUCAUUAUUAAAGUCCUAUAUUAUUUUUGUGUAGUAAUUAAGUUCAGGGAUAGAUUGGUGUAUCCGGCCGAAAUUUUCAGCUCCUGGCUCUCUUAUAACCAAAGUGUUUUAAAUAAACAGCUCAGAAGGAGUAUUUUUUAAUAGUGGAGUGCAAUUAAUGUAACAGACAGAUUCAUAAGGUUUUCAAUGGAAUCUGUGUAUCACAUUGUGAUGAGGCAAAAAGAAAAUUAUGCAACAUUGCAGUGUUUGCCAGAUAUUUCUAAUACCCUGCAGAAUAUAUUAUUUAAUACUCAAUAUUUAUUUGCAGUGGCUAUGAACAUCCACCAGAGCCCUCUCUGUCUCAGCUGGAGCAAGCUGCAAGGGCCUUCUCUUGUGGGAUAUCAACCAUGUUAAAAUCUAAAUCACUUCGUAGAGGACAUAUUGAUAUUAACCAUGACUGUUGGCGCUAUGUGAUUCGAGGAAAGGGUCGCCCAUCUGAGCACAGGGGGUACCAACUCUUUGACAAAGAAGAUUUUGCUCGUUUACCUAUGCUGCCAUCUGACUGGUGGUACAUUUUCAACAAACAUGGUGAGGGACAAAAAAUCGAUUUCCCCAUUAAAGCAAAGGCAGUUGUAAGUUGGUCGGCACAGAAAUAUGUUUUUGAUAAGGAGGGAAAUGUUGUGCCAGCUGCAAGAUUCCCAUUGGAAAGAAUAAGUAUAUACAUUGCCAGUUGCCCAUGUAACCAGGAAAAUUUAUUUUAUUAGAAAUAUUAAUUCUGUAUAAACAAGAACAAUAUUUUAUUUGUUAUACAGUAUUACAUGAAAAAGUAAUUGAAAAGCUGGAUGAACUUAAUCCAGGGUUAAGAAAUACCUUCUAACAGCUGGCCAGUAGAUACAUUGAUUAAUAGAAGAUGUUUCAUUUCAAAAUUAAUGUUAAUGCUUGUCUGAACCAUUUUACUAUCAAACAUGUUAGAGUUGUUAUGAACUGGCAAUUUUGGCCAAAUUAUGAACCAUUAAACAGUUUAUGCUAAAUAUUGUAAUUAAUAUUGUUUAAUAAAAAUAAUUAUUUAACACUUAAGAUUUUUGCAUGCCUCAAAACUAUAUGUCCGCUUAGCAUCAUAUGAGAUGUUUAGAUCAUUACUGUUGUUUAUGCCUACUCUGUGACGAGGGCUUGACGCAAAAUUUCCCUGAGCUUUUCUAUUUUUCGAAAACGUGUUUGAAUCCCAAGGUCCUUCAGUUUUUCUUUGAUUUCCCAGACUUGUAGAUUUUCA